UAAUCCGCUUUUCGCUGAAAUACUAUCAAAACGCUCGAUUUUAAAUCGCGAACUUUCUAGCGAUCAACAUAUGGGUUUUGCCGGAACGGGAUGUUACACUACGUAGUGUAUCUAAAUUGAAGCCUAGCUUGUUUGUAGUCUCUCCAUUCGAAAGAGCAAAUCCCAAAGCUAAGAAAACACCAUUUUUGUAACUUGCUCAUCCCUUUACUGUUAGGACACCACUGACUCAAGAGGCACUAAAUAUGAUUCAAUUUGCAUUUAGUAGUGAGCUUCCCGAAAUGUACCUCCCGAAAUCAUUAUAAGUAAGAUUGGAUCAUAUUUUUAGGAUGUAUUUCUUAUUUGCCUAAUUCUAAUGUUGUGGUGUUUGAACUUGUUCUUGUAUAACAUUUACGUGUAUGUUAGUCUUGAUGGCGAGGCUCUUUCCUGGCUUCGUGAGGAUUUGGUCCAACUUUUUUCACAUGACAAAAUUACAACAAGGGUGAGUUCUUUUAUGUGUGUAAUUGAGUAGAUUGAACUCGUAAUGCUGACUUUGGUAUUUGUGAUGAUGAUGCAUUAGAUUAUAGAAAUGGUGUGUAUGUGCAAGACACUAGAAGAACGAAUAAGUGGUCACAGUGGUGGCUUGUCUUGGUUCUUUCCACCUUCAGUUUCGGUACAAUCAUCUGUUGGAAUAUUCUUGGCAAGGAAAUGAUCUAUUCGUUUGUUACAUAUAGCUGGUUUGGUUAACUAUUUUUCCUUUCCAUGAUCGUGCGUUUUAUUGCAACAAGGAGCAAUUUAUGGGUAUCAUGGGUAAAUAUGAGAUACUUGAGUGAUACCAUAAAAAUGAGCUACUUUACUGCAAUAAGGUAUACUGUAAUCCCUCCUAUGAUAAAUUGAUAAUUAUUAUUUGUUUGUGCAUUAUUUCAGAUUUAUGUCCCGGUUUUCAACCUCGCGGUCACCCACUUCUAUUUGGCGGUCUUUAUCUUGGAAACCAAAUAAAUUGGAAUAUGGGACUCCAUACCAGGAACUCGUAACAAAGAAUAUGAUGCAAGGACGCAGAAACUGGUUUGCUUCUUGUUUUGUUCUUCUCCAAACUAGACUUAUUGCUUAGUUGUUAGUUGUUUUUCUUUUGCCAACUUUGUGGUUAAAUAUUGUUUAAGGAGGAGAUGAGCGGGACGUUGUCAUUUGCAGAAACUGGGUCUAGACUUAUUGCUUAAGGAGGAGAUAAGCGAGACAUUUUCAUUUGUCGACUUUGUGGGUAAAUAUCACAAAGAUAUUGCUUCCCAACCAAAUGGUUACCUUUUUUGUUGUUCACUUGUGCAAAGUUAUAAUUCAAUUAGGUAUUUAUUUGUUCACAUCAUGAUAACACCAUAUUUGGGCAUGGUUUUCCUGUCAUUUCUUGAUCAUUUGAGCUUGCUUUCACGCUCUUGUGGCCUAUUUUACGCUAGGUUGUGUUGGUUUAUGAUGUUUCAGGUCCUAGUACAUGAAUGGUUGCGAAGGAGCGAGUUUUGGGACGUUUUGGAGCGAUCGGGCAGAGAGUAGGGAAAAGUUACUCUUGGAUCCAACGUGGAAGUGGUCCUAGAGGUGGUGCAUAUGACACUUGAAGAGCAAUUGGAACCAUCAUUUCAAGCGUAGGAAGCUUGCUGAUAAUUUGUGGUGGAGUGGUAAGCUGUUCUUUUUCCUUGUCAAGUUAUGUUAGGCUCAGAUCAUUGUACAUAGAUGUUAACAUACGCUUCUAUAUGUCCCUCACCUAUUGCCUAUCAAGAGAAUAAAUUCAAGGAGAAGUUGCAGAAGAUCCGUUAGCUAUGCCCUGAAGGUGCGUAGUGGCUUCAUGGACAUGACCUAUCCAUGUGGACUUUUCAUAAGGACGGAGUUAUUAGGUGGGGUAUUGCCACAACGAACUCAAGUGAGAGUAUCACCUCCGUCUACAAGGUUGUUCGUGUGCUAAUCUCUACCAUUGUUGAUAUGACAUUUCGGAGAACAAACAGAUGGUUCGUCAAUCGAAUCCAUCGGGCAAUGUCAAAGGAGGCACAAAGAAAGGUCCACUCUGAUAAAGCCAAAAAAAUAAUGUACAAAUACAAACACAAGAGCAGUAGGCAUAGGGCCACCAUCACGAACCGAGAUGCUGGAGAGUAUUCAGUCGAGACUGGUCAUUGGGAGGAUGGUAGACGUGGGGGCAUAGCCAUGAAGUCAAGGUGAACUUCAGGACAAAACAAGGGGAGUGCUCCUUCCAGAAGUAUCAAGGGAGAGGAUUGUCUUGUUUUCAUGACAUGGCCAUAAUCAAGUUCAAGAGCAAAUCCCUCCUUCACUUUGUGAGUCCUUUCUUCAAUAUCGACUCACUCAAGAGCUCCUAUGGAAAGAGUUUCUUUGCAUUGUCGGAUGAAGCUUACUAGCCAGUGUAUGAAGGAAAGGUGAUCAACCCACCGUUUGGACAAAGGUGUUGAUCACUUGAAUCCGUGCAGGUUAUUGUCAAAGGUUAGCACGUAUCAAUAACUAUCCCGUCCUAGGCCAAGUUUAACAUAGAACAUCAUUGCCAUAUAGUGGUAAUCAAUGUCGUAUUCUUCUCGGGUCCUGGUACCCUAUCCUACUUCCCACCUAGUUGCUAAUUAGUUAAUCGAUUUUUGAGGUUCUUAGUGGAGGUUUUGAGGAAACACUAGUUUAGAGAUUGAUCAAAGCUAAAAGCAGGUACUUCGGGGAACUAUCCCUCCCACUAGCUUAGGGUUACUAAGUAUAUCUAGAUACUUAGGGUCAAAGAAUGUGGUGAGUGAGCUCUUUUUCGUGGGCUUUCGUGGUUAUCCACACGCCUCCGAGUAUGCCUCACCUAAACCCAUGUUCCAGUCACCUCGAUCUAGGCUAUCGUAUCUGGGGCAUUAAGCUUAUAGCUCAUUUCAAUGGACACUAUCCACCAUCCACACUGAGAUUUCUUACCGGGUUUCAUCUAGGAAGGCUACCUAUAGCAGGGGUUCGGUCGCCUUGACCACUAUAGGCCCCCAUUCACACAUCUAACCUAAACUCACCAGAUGGCGCAUACUCGUCUAACCAUAGAACUCCAUACCCAAUGUAGUAGCAUAAAGUAGACUAAGAGUUAAGAUUAAGGAGACUUAACCAAGUGUCAUCAUUUAGGAAAGAGUGGCAUUAAAAUCAACUAGACAAACACAUUCAUUCAAACCCUAAAAUAUCCAUACAUACAUAGUAAACCCUAAAACUAGGGUUUAGGGUUUAGAACCCCUAGUACCUUAGAGGACUACUUCAUAAAGGAAGGAAGAAGAUACAUGGUAGAAAUAAAAGAAGACUUGAGGUUGAAGAUGAUGCCUCUUUGCUCCUAGCUCCUCCUUCUUCUCCUUCUCUUCUCCUUCCUCCAGCUUCUCUCUCUUUUCUCUCUCUAGAACCAGAAAGUUUCUGUCAAAAUCAGCUCUCAUCAAAAGGGGAAAUGGGUCUUGUAUUUAUAGGCAUUCCGGAUUCGAGAAAGUUUGCGGCCUGAGGUAAGGAGAUCGCGAAUAGGAUUUUUGGUCUCUGGGCCGUGAUCUCAAAACACAGUCGUCGUGGUCGCGAUCUUCCUCACGUGAAAGAUGAAUGUUGGCCGUGACUUGACUAUGGAGACUCUCUAUGAUGAGGGCAUCAACACCAAGGAGGCCUCAAGUCCAACUCUGGUGCGAGAGGGGCGUGGACCGAUCACUAGAAGUCAAGACAAGGCAUUCAGGGGUCGACUUCAAGCUUAUUUGGCCCAGAACUUCACCAAGAUAGAGGCUGACUUGUUUGAGGGACGAGAGGUGAUCAUUAUUGGUGUCAGAGCCGCCCCAAGCAAAAUACCCCGUCAAGAAGAGGAAACACCCGAUUGGGUAUAUGGAGGGCAGCUCGAGUGAUGACUAGCAGGGGUCCCAGUCAAGACUGACAAAUACCCAAUCAGGUAUUUUUGGAGGAGACCAGGUAUUCGUGCCUGGACAGGAUACCCCCCGGCCGACACGGCAAAAUACCCGGUCGGGUAUUUUUGACUCCGACCGAGUAUUUUCCCCCUACGUAUCAGACCUGUUUUCUUUGCGGAUUAAGUGACUUUUUCUCCUAAACUUGGGUUUCUUUGUUAUUUUUGGCCCACAACCUUUGUAGCCUAUAUAAGGGAAUGAACUAAGUCUAUUAGAGGGUAAUCAACAAUUUAUUCAGAAAUACAAACCCUAGAAUUGGUUGUUCAAACACCAACUUCUCUUCUUCUUCUUUCUUGAUCGUGGAAUCGAUUCAGCAAGAGGAAUCCGACGUUUUCUGCUAGUUCAUCACCCUAGCUGAAUAGUCCUUCGUAUACAUGGCCCUCUUCCCGACUAGUGGAUUUGGUUUGGGUUAUAUCCGUAUUCUGAUUGUUGUGCUUCUAAUUGUUCUUUGCUGCGAUUCUGAUUUUUAAAGUCCAGGAGUUGGAGCCUUGGCUUAUAUCUCUCCAUUUCUCCAAGGCUCAUUCCUCGCGAAGUUUGCGUCCUGAGCCUCCAAGAUCGUGAUCGCGAUCUAUGGCUUCUGGGCCGCGAUCUCCAGCUGGACUUUGCGGCUUGCGAUCUCGGCAGUGAUCUUCGGCUUCUAGGCCACGAUCUACAAUUUCUGCCCCUUCUCUACACUUGUGACCUUGUUUUGUACUUAAUUCGCACAUGUUGAUUAAUACACACUAAAAUCACAUCGAAAUCAAAUAGGAAUGCAAUAGGGAUGUGUUUGACGAUGUUAAAGCAUUUAAGCACAUGACUUGGCACAAAACACGCCUCGGUAUGUAGGGUAAAUAACACCAAUUUUGGUGUUAUCAGGCGCGAACUGGGUUGACCGAGGGUAAAGUAGAUUCCCAACGAGAUGGAUCAAUCUGGCAGACUGACCGCCACAUCCGCAUGCGGUAAAUAGGUGGCAGAAACGCAAACUGUGCCCCCCCCCCACGGUUUGCAUUUUAAUUGUGGCAUGCCCUGCGAUUUGUUUUUAAUGGUUGUAUAAUUGGAAUUAUUCCUAUAAGAGUGGUAUUUUUGGAAUUAUUUAGUUUUAGGGUGGUAUUUUUGGGAAAAUACGAGAGAAGAGUGAGGUUUCUUUGUUUUUCCUUCAUCAAAUUCCUCAUUCAAAUCUCCAACAUUUAGAUGAGAAAUCUUACUGUUGUUUACUUUGGGGUCGUUUGAAUGUGAAAAUUGAGCAUUAGAAUUGGGCUUCUUUCUUCCUUUUGCUUUGUUUUCUCCAACACCUCUCGAAUAUCCAAUUCCAUCAAUAUCUACCACCUCUGCAAAUUCAGUCAACUGCCUUAUAAACAUAAGGAGGAUGAGUAAAGGUGUAAACCUAAAAUUUAGUCGCCAGAUCUCCUAAGUCAGAACUCUCAUUCUCGCGGAAGGAUCACGACUUCCUCAAAAUAGGUAAGUAUGUUGACUUGGCCUAACUAUAAUUUCUCAAUCGAAGGCCUAAUAUAAGCGAUAACCGAGUGUAGUAUAGGGUAAGAAAAAUAAUCAAAUUAUCGAACCACAUGUCUCUAGAUGUACUGUUACUUCAACUUAAGUUCGUUAUUUAGGCAAACAAGAAUAGCGAUUAAGAAACUAUCCUAACUAAGAUACUCUAACCACUGCCCUAGUUAAUUACAAGGUUGGGUGCUCAUUUAUGCAUGAAUCCCCCUAGCUCCUCAAUUGGAGCGAUGUUGAGUACUACACUAGAUUGAUUUAGUCGAUACCUCUACUGCGGAGAAUUCUAAACUAGAUUGGACCCCCUAUUCGAGUGCAUCCAACCCAACUCGAUUGCGCGACCCAAAGAGGCAUACUGACUCGUCCUAUAUACCACAAUAAAAAUCCCAAUAAAGU